UGCGCCGGGAGGAGGGUCGCGGAAGGAGAUUUGGGUAAAUUUUACCUGAGAAGUCGGGAACGAGAAGUCAUCAUCCAGCAUUUAAAUUCCGGCUGGGGUUUUUUGUGGACAUCUCAAGUAAAAUCGGCAUGCGUGGCUAAACCAGGCACUUUAUUUGAACAGUAGUUGGUCUGUGUAUUUAUAGCACACAGUGUUGCUACGUUGUGGUUCAACGUUACCCACCGUUAGCAACCGUCACACUCACUACAGACACAAACUGCAGUGAGAGGGGUUAACGCUGUUAGCAAGCACCCCGGUUAGCUAACGGUGGCUGGGAACAAAUGAAUCCGUAUCUGGUGAAAGCUACUCCGGGGCCCGAGUCGACCACUCACCAUCAGCAGUAACCCAAAGUUAAAGUUAGCUGAGACCAUGCUCUGAAUGGUGACUUCGUCUCCUGGUCGAGAACACAACACCAGCUCUGUGCUGCAAGAUUUUGGCUUUCGUUGGUCUCAUAUCAGAUGGAGGAUAAAUUCACUGCAGUGAUCCUGUCGGCUGAUUUAUAAAAUCCAGUUUCUAUGCCUUCCGUUGGACUGCUUUUGUAAACGUGGCAGCCAUGGCUUCUCGUAAGGUGGCUGAGCUUCCAAGUGACACCAAGGAUUUGGCUUCAGUCCCUGCACGGCUUUCCCGAUGCGGCCCCGAUGACAUCAUGGAAGAGCCUCAGAUGGAGACGAUGAAUGCUGCGGUGAAAUCCCAGAAAUCUGGAAGAUUUCGGAGGACUGCUCUGACAUUUUUCGGAGUGCGUAAAAGCAUCUGUAUUUUACCUAGUUUUUUUGGAGGAAGGAGUAAAAAUCAGAACAAGUGGUCUUCUAAGAAAGGAAUCAACAAAAGCAGAACACACGAUGGACUAAGUAAGAUUAGUCAGGAUGACAAUCUGAGAAGUGGGUACACCUCAGCGGGAGAUUUUGAGUACCACGGCCAGAGGGACUCUGCUGGAGAGCUCCACAGUAGUUGUCACAAUGAAUGUAGUCACCCUGCUGCUGAACAGAAAUCAAUGACUCUCACCCGGCAGAAAAGGGGUUUGAGGAGUCUUUUUCAAAGUUUUAGAUAUCACAGAAACCAUAGAAAUGUUGGAUUGGAUAAAACUGAAAUGAUUGCAAUGUCCUCUCCUCGCUGCACGAAAGAGAUGCCUGUUGUCCAGGACAACACCAAGCAGUAUGCCACAGAGUGCCUGGAGUUUGAACCUGAUGUGCCUGAUUUUGCAGAUGUUAUAUGUGACAUUUCUAUUGGUCCUGAAUGUAUUGACGCCGAUGAGAUGCCAUCAGAGAAGAGUGUGAAGCAAGACGGCCCCAAGUCCGAGCUUGACGAUGAAAUGUCUGAUAAGGAAAUGGAGGAAAUGAAUUUGAUGGCCGUAGUUUCCAGUGACUUGAAGGAGAGUUCUCGAGGACACAGCGAGCCUUGUCUGAAACUCCAGAUGAUGUCUGAGCCCAUACUGAAGACCGAAACACCUGCCGGCUCAUCGGAUCAGCUAAACCUGAUUUAUGGAGACGUCGCAUCAUUAAAGAGUUUCGAUUCACUCACCGGCUGUGGGGACAUUAUCGCAGAUCAAGAAGACGAUAGCAUCACAGAGAGCACUGUCUCUGGAGAAAGGAGCCGAAAUGGAGGAAAGCGGGCUUCUUGUUAUCUCACAUAUCAGGGUGGGGGCGAAGAAAUGGCCUCGCCCGAGGAUUUGGAUGAGGAGUGUCUUCAGGAAUUCUGGGGAAAUAAUGCGUCGGAGGAAAUUUGCUGCUCUUGCAACCAAGAACACACAGAUUCGACUGCUGACUUGACAAGUUCUCACAAUAUGGACUUACUGAACAGUAACAGUAACAGUAACAGUACACAGCAAGCCAGUGGCAUGGACGCUUCUUCAAUUGCUGAUGUGUUAACUCCUCAAAGUGAGCAUCAAGAAUCAGUUCCAAAUAGUGAUGAGGGCUACUACGAUUCAACUACCCCGGGGCCAGAUGACGGACAACAAAACACUGACAGACUAGGGGCGGAGAGAUUACCCAGGGACAGUUACAGCGGUGAUGCCCUCUAUGAACUUUUUGCCCCUGAUGAGAGUCUCAUCAGUCCACAUUAUGAAAACAAAUCAAAGCUGCCCGGUGCAAAACAGUAUUUAAAUGAGCCAGUUGAUGUGACAGAUUCUGCCUUUGUCCCAGACAUGAAUCGAUUACAAAUAAGUGCCAAACUGUAUGAAGUUCAUGGUUUUCUAGAGAUGCAGAGCACAUGCAGCAAAUCCUCUGAGUCGACACAAAAUGCGGUGGGUCAGCAGGAAAUCGGCAUGAACAAAAACUGUAAUUUGAAUUCAAAGCCACAAGCAUCAGUCAACAAGAAUAAUAUAGAGCCGGAUAUGUUUGAUGAAAAGGGAAACAUCCCCUCUGCUUCGCCUGUAAAAAGAACAAAAUCCAUAAAUGCUGAGUGUGAGAAACGGCACAGCAGCGUGUCAUUCGGAAGCACGUCUGACCCAGAUUUUGAAACAUUUUGUGAACCCAAAGAGCAGCAUCUUGAGGAAAACAAGCCUGUGGCUUUACCGUACAAAAAUAUCAAUUCUCAGUCUCCGGAUGAUAACAAUGACUCGGAUGAUGGGCAAACUGUGUGUUUCUCUCAAGCACUUGUGGACUACACCAAACACUCAGAGAUGCUGAGCAACUUGCACAAUAACGUGGACGAUUUGGAGACAAACUCUGCCUUCACGCCAAAUAUGCAGGCCUUACCUACCAUAGUCACAUUUGAUGUAGUCGAUAUGCAUAACGAGGGUGAAUACGACGAGCAGAUCCACAUGGAACUGGAGGAGGACAUUUCAUCGCCUUAUCAGGAAUUUGAGGAGAGCUACCUACAAAAAGAUGCAUUUGCUGAAUGUGACUAUCAAAUGUUGGACCUGUACGAACAGAACCUGAUCAGUAACACAUGGGCAAUUGCUAGUCUCCCACGGCACCUCGGCCUUACAAGAGUCAGUCAGUCCAUGCCUAAUCCGUUGUCUCUGGACAAGAGAAGUAGGUCUCUGGACAGAGAAAGCCUUGAGUUGAAGAUGCCCAACAUGUACAGAGAGAACAGAGCUGCUAUCAUUGCUUGCCCUCAAACUGAAAAGGACCCCUCACUAUAUUACAAAAAGAAUGUACUCGUGUCUGCAUCGGAGGUUAGAGACAGUAGCAGCAUUAUGGCCUUAUCAUGGCAAACAAGGUCAGAAAUGGCUUCAAGCCUUCCUCUCACAGGCGGGGAAUUCACUGAACAAGUACAGAGUCUCGGUCAAACCCAAGUAAAACGCAAAAUCAUUUCUAGUUCAUCCAGCAGCGACUGUCCCAACAGUAAACCGCAACUUUGCUCUAAGGUGCCAGAGACCGGGCUGUGCAACAGGCAGCGGCACCUUCCCUCGCAGUCAGAUUCUUGUUUACCUCAUAGCACCUUUGUUUAUUCUGGGAUGAUGGAUGAUGAAUCAGAUGAUGUAGAUGAGGAUGUUUUUUGUAAAUCUGCCACUAACUUGCAAUCCUACAAUCAGUUUGGUAAAAGCAGAGCCGUGGCAAGCAGAGAAGGAGUAUCUCAAAACACUGGGAGUCUUCUGAACGCAGGUGUGUCUAAAGAUGAAAUGGCCGUCCUCAGUGAAACGAGAACACCCAGGGAUGUGGCUGGCAACAAACUCCCCGAGGCAACCUUUAAUUGAAAGGCUCUUGGCAUUGAGAUCACAUGUAUGUGUACUAUUAAUGAGUGCUUUCACGUUGCAUCCAAAGGAGUAAUUGUUGCUUAAUAUUUUUACUUGCACAAUGGAUUUAUUUGACAGGACAUGAAUUGAAAUGAUUGUGAAAUGUGGAGCAUGUGCCAUCGUGCUGCGUCACGAACAUAACUGUCUCAUUGGGAAGUCUAAAGGGAUUUUCUGCAUUUGCACAGCAACAGUUGCUUGUUUCUCACAGGGCACACAUGACAGUCUAUUAUAAGUGUUUAUGCAAGUAAUAGUUUCAUUUGUAGUGAAAACAAACGCUCAUCUCAUUAAGCUAUUGAAUUUGAAUAGAAUGUUCACACCCAUAUUCAGCCUCAGUGUGUCAAUAGCAAUGCCACACUUUGUUUAAUGGGUAUAAGACUGGUUUCUCUAGCAUAGAAAAAUACAGCCCCGAAACACAUGUAUGCUUUAAGUGCCGGCUUACGUUUGUGUUUACUGCUUUUUCACAGCCUUCUUUUACUCCAAUAAUUUUUAUGUGGGUCUGUCAUCAUACUCAGAUUGACUGUUUCUAUUGCGUUUUUUAGUUUACCUCAUUUCAGGAAGCAUUAGGUUUAGGAAACGAGAGGAUAUCUCAAUUCACUGAGAGGAAUGGCUCAAUCCACAAUAUGAAACAUGUCUCUUCUUGAUACCUUCACUGGGGUAUAUUUGAAAUACAUUAAGCUGUUAUUGUAUUUGGCUUAAUUUCAAAACGUGUAAUAGUUUGUUCUACCCCUCAACCCAGAACAGGAUAAGCAUGUAGAGGAAAUGUACAGAUGGACUGAUGGUUAUUGCGUCUUAACUUCAGUUGCUACUUCAUUUACAUACUGUAGAUAGCUUUACAAGGCAUAUCUACUUCUAUAGCACAUUUCACAUGGAGUUACCUUGUGUAUGACCCUGCUUUACAUGAUAUGUUGAAGAUAUAGCCAGAGUAAAAUACAUAUAAAAUGGUAGAGGAAAACAAAUCAAGGAAGAAAAAAAACUAGUAGUACAUAAUAUUCUCAAAUUGACUGUGUUUGCUUCUGUCCUGACGAGCCAAUUUGGCCUUACUGUAGCUGCUAUUGGUUUUGUUUUUUGUUCCCAUUUUCCAACACCAGAAGUGUAAAAUUCUUACUGAAAUGAUGCAGUCCAUUAUUGCAUUACUGAAAGCUUGUGGAAAGAAAACAUAGUUUGAUUUUGUUUGGAUUUUGUAAUGUAUCAAAGGAUAAACUGGUAUUUUCACCAUGUAUCAUUUUCUUGUGCAUUUAAUGUUUGAUCUGUCCAAAGUUGUCAGAUGAUGUAGUUUUUUUUAUAGUGUAAUAUUAAACAAAUGUCAAAUAAUUUGUAUUUAUAUUCUCAGCUAUUUGUACACUGUUGUAUUCAGAAUGGUUAUUACAAACUGGCAAUAUUCUUUUUGUUUUGUUUUUUUACAUUUUGGAUUUAUUUGUAAUUGUUAAGUUACACCCAUUAGGGGAUUUCUCUUGAAAAUCUGUUACUGUUUUGUCAGAGUAGAACACUGCCUUAUAUUAAAAUAAACAUGACAAGACAUCU